AUGCUGAGUGGCGGAUUCAACAUGGCGGUGCAGCAAGGCCCACUUCCAUUGACAGAGGCAGAUCGAAUCUUUGACCUUUUCGACACCGAUCAUGAUGGACAGCUUCUCCCGGAGGAGUUCCAGCUGGCCUCGAGGGUCAUGCGAGGAGAGCUGCCGCUGGAGAUCGCACUGGUGUGGAACAACCAGCAGGCGAUGAAGAAACACAUCAAUCAGAUGCAGAGUGAGCUCAAGGAGAUGAAGGAGAUGCUGACGAACCUUGUGGCAGCGCCUCACGCGCGCCCUCAAAAGCCGAAGUUGGCUAAGACAGUGAGGACAUUUGAGGCCCGUGGUUGGCCCGUGCAGGAAGAGGCGCUCUCAGAUUCACAUGUUAUUGUGGAGUGCUUCUUCAGCAUGGGCUUCCCAAGCUCGCUUCACGGGUCCGUUCGCAUCCACGUUGGCAACUGGCUUUGCCUGUUAGAGCAGCUGGCAAACAUUGAGUUGCUGGCAUUGAGCCCUGCCUGGCGGAAGUUCCACCCACUGCCGCGGCCAGACGCGCUAGCACAGCAGGCCGUGGCCGAGGUGACCUCGAUGGCGAGGGAGGCGUUGAUCAUGGAGAGCGGAGAGAAGAUGGCCAUCGCACAAAGAGGGCCAGCUGAAUAUUUGGUGGACAACAGCGCCUUGCAAGCGCAUGCGCCUGGCAUCACCUUCCGCUUCAGCAAACAUCUGGAGGAUCGUGAUGACCUUGGUGAACUGGCAGCCUUUGGCAGUGUCGUCUUAGGCAUCGACGAGGGCGACGGAUGGCUGCGCGCGCAGAACCCCUCGGGGGAGAUCCGCUUUCUGCCCAUGGAGAUCCAGGGCAUCCCGGUGAUGUCGCGCACCGGUGCUGAGGAGCAGCGCGAAGCUUUUGCAGAGCGAAGAAGACGGAAGGAAGAAGCAGAGCGACAUCAAAGGGAUUUGGAGGCCUGGCAGCGCCGUGCUGCGGAGGCGGAGCGUCUUCACCAGGAACGGCUUCGGGCGCAGGCUGAGAGAGAUGAGAAAGAACAGAGCAAGGCCGAUCUUUUGAAGCCGGAGCGGAGCGGAUUCAAGGGCCGCACUGAGUCCGUACUAGAACGUCACUACGCGGGCGAAGAAGAGGAGGCCCCGAGAAUUUGCUGCUUGGUGUGCCUCGCCAUGCUUCGCAAGAGGAGAUCAACCAGGCCAACAAAAUCUGGCCACUUUUUGACUUGA